UUCGAGCAGCAGCCAGUCGCCGGCUGCCGGGCCACGACCUCGCAUCUCGUCCGGCUCGUUCAGCUCCUUAUCGAGCUUUCGCGGUCACGCUUCUCGCUCUUGACAAAGCUUUCAUCCAACCCAACUAAUUUCGCCAUAACCUACCACCCAGUCAAAGCAAUCUCUAUCAUUUCUUUUGAUCAUAACAUUCUUCCUUAACAUGCGAUUAAACGUCAUUUAGUAUCGAACGAAGUAAUUCUCCCUUUCCCUUAUCUUUCACUUCGCCAAGCUCUCGUCCAACUCAAGUAAUUUCACCAUAACCUACCACCAAAUUAAAACAAUCUCGAUCAUCUCUUUCGGUCACAAGGAUUUCUUUUAACACGCGAUUAAACGUCAUUCAGUGUCAUACGAAGUAAUUUUUCUUUUCCUUUAUUUUACUGUUGACAAAAACGAAGUCCAAGUAAUUUCACCGUAACCUGUCACCGAACCAUAACAAUCUGAAUCAUCCCCUUUAGUUGCGAAGUUUUCCCUUGCCACGCAAUUAAACAGCAUCAUUCAGUGACGAACGAAGUAAUUUUUCUUUUCUUUUGUUUUUCGAAAAAUCUGUGUUAACUGUUUUGAUAGUGAAAAUAAUCUUUGAACAGUGUGAAUAGAAGAGGGUUUGUUUGCUGCAAGUGUCGGAACGGUUCUUUUCUUCUUUUGUGAACGGGAGAGGGAAACAAAGAAUCGUUGGUCUGGGAUGUCGAAUGGGUGAUAGAUGCAAGAUCCGUGAACCACCGAGGGUCGAAGGUGUUUUUCAGCAACGGGCGAACCAUGUGAGGCUUCGACCAUGAGGUGUGGCGGUCAGAGCGGUGUCUGGAUAGUAACUGUGAUCUUACUGUUAAUUGGAAGCUGCGUCGACAAAGUUGGUCCGCGACCAGCCGAUGGAGAGAUUGCACACCUGACAUCGCCGAAGGAAAGGUUGGAGACCGUGCGACAGGUUCUUUCCGAGGUGCCUUUGAUCGACGGGCACAAUGACCUACCCUGGAACAUUCGAAACUUCGUCCACAAUCAGCUGGCCGAGUUCGAUUUCGACAAGGAUCUACGACAAGUCGCACCGUGGAGCAAGAGCGCGUGGAGUCAGACUGAUCUGGUCAGGCUUCGUCAAGGAAUGGUCGGCGGUCAGUUUUGGGCUGCUUACGUGCCGUGCGAAUCUCAGCAUCUCAACGCGGUCCAGCUGACUUUGGAGCAGGUGGACCUCAUUAAGAGGCUCAUAGAGAAGUACUCGCAACACAUGCAGUUCGCUGCAUCUUCAAGGGAAAUCUUGGAAGCCCAUGGAAGAGGCAGGAUAGCAUCCCUAAUCGGAGUGGAGGGUGGACAUAGCCUAGGAAGUAGUUUAGCUGUUUUAAGGACAUUGUAUCAAUUGGGUGUACGGUAUCUCACACUCACGCACACUUGUAACACACCGUGGGCAAAGAGUUCGUCGGUAGAAGACGAGGAUGAAGAAGGGGGCGGCCUGACCGUGUUCGGGAAAGCAGUAGUCAAGGAAAUGAAUAGGCUCGGAAUGCUGAUAGACCUUAGUCAUACAGCGAGGGCUACCAUGAGGGACGCUUUAAGGGCCAGCAGAGCACCCCUCAUUUUUUCUCACUCUUCGGCUUUUGCCAUCUGCAAUUCCUCGAGGAACGUUCCCGACGACAUUUUAAAGCAGCUGGCUGCUAACGGUGGACUGGUGAUGGUAACGUUUUAUAAUUACUUCGUGAAAUGUGGCUCGCAGGCAACUGUCUCCGACGUCGCCGAGCAUAUUUAUUAUAUUAGGAACUUGAUUGGCGUGGACCACAUUGGUGUCGGCGGUGACUUCGACGGUAUCAACAAAACACCGCGAGGUCUCGAAGAUGUCUCCAAGUAUCCAGAAUUGUUCGCUGAACUUCUUCGUAGUGGGAAAUGGAACGUGCAUGACUUGAAAAAAGUCGCCGGUCUCAAUUUGCUGAGAGUCCUACGAGAGGUGGAACGGGUGAGAGACGACAUGAGAACCUCAGGAAUAAUGCCAUCCGAAGAAUACCUCCAGGAUUCGCCUGACACAACCGGCAGCUGUGCGCUCGAUAUCAAUUCCGUGCAACGAGUGACGGAAGUUUGAUCGUUCUAUCGAUUCGUCCUGUGCUUCACGAUCGCGCGCGAAUCACCCCUUCACGAUCAUCUCGCCGUCCCAUUCUCUCAACAAACGGGCAUAACUCGCGUUUGGAAUCAGGAAAAUCCGUGGGCGACCAACGAGGAGCGAAUUACUCGUUGCCGGACACCCGCCCACUUGCACAGUCUGUCCCUUCUAGAUGCUCAAUCAGAAUAACGUUAAAGAAAAAACCUACCUCGAACGAAGUCUCGCGGACACGAUACACGGCUUCGAACUCCUAAUUUGCUUGACUAUAGAUUCGGUUGUUUAGAUCGCAGGGCAGAAUUAUUUUUUAAACGAAGAUUAAAGAAUUCAUUGACCAUGAAUUCACUGCACCGCAGACGGCUGGCUUGUAACUGUUCGAACGACUUACGUGUGCAAAUUAUUAGACUCCGAAUAGGGUUCAUACUUCUUAGUUUUCCGUAGAAAUAUGUGCAAUUAAGAUCGAAAGCCACAUUCUUAUUAGGAUUUUAUGCAGACAUGAAUUUUCUUGAAAGUUUGUGCUGUCAAUGCAAGAAACAUGAUACAGUAAUCAUCUAUACAAAGAUAGUAAUGAAAAUAUUUAAAAGAAGUAUAAAAGGCUGAUCGAGAACUCCCUAAAUUCCAUUAAUGGAAAACACAGAAAUAUAUAUAUAUAUACAUACUGAAUGCCAAUUGUAUGCUAACAAAGUGUAAAUAAAAUGUUAUUUUGGAAAACACCCUCGUUGCUUGUUAUUUUAUAGUUUGAGUCUAAUAAUUCUCACACAUCUCUUUGUUUGUAAUGCGUAUUUAUAAAACCACACAUUUUUAUACAAACUUAUAAAGACAAAGAUACAUGUAGACCCCAAUUCAGCGGUGGAUGGCAAAGUCAAAAACGACGAAGGAAAUUCGUAAUAGACAUAUUACCUGUUUGUCUUCAUUCGUGAGUUAUAUCGUUUAUUACAAACGUUUUUAAAUCGUAAUUGAAACAAGAAUUUAGUUAGUGAAAUAUUUUUUUUCUGAAGGUAUUGGUCUUAAGAUUGCAAAGAAAUAAGAAUCGAAGCUAUUUUAAUAUCUAAAAGUGUUUUCCUCUUAUUUUACUACAGCUUGAUUGUAUCAAGAAUGUUUCCAAAAUGUUCAUUAUCUCCAGACAGAUAUAUUUUAUGAAAAUAAAAUGACAAACUGAGAAAAUAUAUUCAUGAUAUAAAGGUACAUGAAACUCUUAUCGUUCGAACAAUUACAAACGUUAACAAAAGAAUAUUCUUUAUAAAAACAACUAAACCGAAAGACAUUAAAAUUCCGAUUAUGUAAUUCGUAACAUUAAACUGCGAAUUCCAUUCUAUGCUAUAAGCGAAAAAGAUAAUGAAAUCAAAAUUUCAAUAAAGAUUGAUAAAAUUUUUAUUUAAAUUUUACUUUAAUAAUCCUUUUGACGGAACAAUGUUUUGUUUGAGUCCAGUCUUUAUACAGAAUGAUAAGAACGUUAGGAGCCGCAUAAAAGUCCGGAGUAUUGACAGAUAUAAAGAUACUUUUCAAGUGUGUUUGAAAGUGUUAUAUGUAAACCUAAUGCACGAGAUUAUAAUUCUACCGAGAUUCUGUAAAACUGUAUAUCGUGGUGUAAUUGAAUUCAACCCUGUUUUCUUUUUGCAAGAGUCAAAGAAGUUUAACAUCAGGCAAUCAAAAGAAUCAAUCGUAUGUGCUUUAAGGCAUCAGAUAAAACAAAAAGAAUCGAUUGAGACAAUAUAGAAGUUUUUUUCUACACCAUGGCACUCUUGUAUUGUAAAAAAGGAAUAAUUGUGUGUAAACCCGGCUGUGUAUCUUCAUACGUCUUCCCCUAUCCCUGUCAUUGCACCGAUGAAAACACGUGCACUUUUAGAGCCAACGUAAAAAGAAUAAGAGUGAGCAUCCACUUUUCAAAAGAGUUGAGUUCAUCUGUAAAUUUAUUUCGAUCGUCGCAGAAAAAAGCAGAAUAAAUAUCAGGAGGAAAACAUAUCGGAUACAAUGAAGUAUAUACUUGAAAGCUCAAAUUUGUGCAAUGAAAUUGCAUUUAUUAAAGUUUGCUAGACUGGAAAUUAAUGAACUUCAUUUUAAUAUUCCAUUAAGUGUAUUAAGAUCGAAUUAAGAAUGGGGCUAAGUUCAAUGAGUACUUACAAAUAUAAUUCAAUGAAAUAUCCGGUAUUUAUUGAAAUAAUUAAAAUAAUUUAUUGCAUAGUCUUCUCAUAUAUUAAUGGUAUCAUUCAUCCAAAUAAUAAUGAACAAUUAAUUAAUUAUAAAUAUGAAAAAAGACUGCUAUUUUAAGUUUGAUAAGAUUGAUACAUUUUUUAAUAAUAUCUAAAUAAAGCUUUACAAACUGCUUAAAAAAUAUAAAUACGUUGUUUUAAAGAUAUUUUCGAAAAUUUCUGAAAUACAAGAUGGAGGUAAAGAAAAUUUGUGAAACAAAUUUAUUAUUGAUUUUCGAUUAUAUGUUUUAUGUAACAUUAUUUCAUUACAUGUUACAAAUGGUUUAAGCUGCAUACAAUUUCAAAAGUUGCACAUAUAUUUUACACCAAAGAUCAACAUAGAACUUCCAAAAUUUUAUGACACUAAUUUCAAAGAUAUCAACAAGAAAAGUGCUUUAAAACUGACAACAAUAAUAACAGUAACACUGAAAACAAUAUAUUCUCAAAGUAUAUAUUCUGAAGGUCACAUUUAAUUGUAAUUAAAUUUAAUAAUAAUCUUGAAACCAAAAAGAAACCAAUUACUUUUGAAUCGAUACUUGGUCCCAAAAUAGUGAUAAUAAUAACUCAUGGAUAAGAUUCUAAUGAAAGAUAGUCAUUGCAUUAAUUCGAUCUUUAGUGUAUACGCAAAAUGACGAGCACUUAUUAAUUAUCUAUUAUCAUUUCCAUAUGAGAAAAAACAAAUCUCGAAUGUGUGAAAGAGGAAACGUUAUUCACAGUGUACUUAGAUAGCCCUCUGAUAGGGUACAAGUUGCUCACAGGAAACAAACAUCACUAAUGUAAUCAAGCAUACGUGCGUAUUUCUCAAAUCGUAAUAUCGGGUGUAAUCUAUCACUUGUACGCACCCACAUUCUCCUCAACAAAGUAUCAUCUAAAACUUUCGACGAGUCAUCAGAAAUUAUUGGGGUUCACCGUGAGUUCCGUUCAGUGUUUCUUGUAUUUUCCGAAGCAAACUGCAAUCCCACGAUUUCUGUGUGUCGCCGUUCACCUAUCUGUGUCUUGUGUGCACUUAUUACAUGAUCCAUGCGAAUUAAAUCUUCAAAAAGAAUUAAAAAUUGGAUUACUACCGCGAAACAGGAAUAAUCGAUGAAGCCAAUUCGUAUGGAUUACACCUAACUCCUAUAUGAGGAGUGGGUAAGGAACUUUAGAAUAUCAAAAAUU